ACGGAAAGAAAGUCCUUUGCUUUGCAGCCUGCGGCGGAGCAGAGAAGGCCAGCCGGCCGCGCGCCGCAAAGAAGACCCCCGCGGCAUGAGGGGGGAGGAGGCGGUGACCGCGGUGACGAUGCCCGAGGCGGGCCGCGACGGCGAGCAGCCUCUGUCGCCCGCAGGCCUGGGAUGCGGGGCGCGCGGGGAGACCGGAGGCCGCGGCCCCCAGGAGUCCCGGAAGCAGUACCAGGAAACUGAGGUCUACACUAGAGGAAAGGAAGUGACUUGCCUACCGUCACUCAGUGCUGGAGAAAUCCUUCAAACACUUAAACCCCCAUCUCUUGGAUUAUCAGUUCAUAAAUUAUGAUUACCUGAUCCUUUUAGAAUCUCACAAUUAUGGGCCACGUUUUAACACACUGCUGUUGUCUCCUCCCUGCCCUGCCAAACACACAAACAACAUUCAAAUAAGUAAAAGCAGUUCUGGUUCACAGUCACAGCCAACAUGGUUGAGUCCACGCUAGGUCCAAGUGCUCUUCCAUAAAUUUACAGAUAUUUCACAGCCCUUUGUGCCCCACAUGUCUUCAG